CUUUCAGUUGGGGUUGGCCUCUAAUGCCUAUAAAAGCUGGAUGGACAAGCAGACACUGCACACGGCAUUCACAGACAACAAACAUCUGCUGAAUCAGCUAAAUACCUACAAAGGAGAAAACUCUCACUAAGGUACAUAGUGAAAAUAACAAUGGCUGCAAAAUAUGGUAAUCUUGCGGAAAUUCCCACAACCGGAGCCUCAGUUACAACUGGUAGACAAGAUGGGCAGAAUUAUUCUGGUAUCAUUGGUUCAGAGAAGCUGGCAGCAACAGAUCUGGAAAGAAUGAGCAAAUACAAUCAGAAGAUACAGUCAGUGUCUAGGAAAACAGGCAUAGAUGGAGCUAUUAUCGCUGCAAUUAUAUCACGUGAGUCACGUGCUGGAAACGCUCUAGAUGCAAGUAAACAUGGUGACUAUGGACAGGCCUUUGGCCUCAUGCAGAUUGAUAAAAGGUGGCAUACACCUUGUGGAGCUUGGGAUAGUGAAGAACACAUUUUACAGGCUACAGAGAUUCUGUGUUACAUGUUUAAUGAAAUAAAACUAAAGUUUCCAGGAUGGACAGCAAGUCAACAGAUGAAAGGUGCUAUUGCAGCCUAUAAUAUGGGUCCAGGAAGUGUCACCAAUUUUCAUGAUAUUGAUAGCCGCACAACAGGCGGGGACUACUCCAAUGAUGUUAUUGCUAGAGCAAAGUUUUAUAGGAGACAUGGAUUCUAAUUAGUGAUUUAUAAUGCACACAAUUCUUAAGAGUUUGUACUUACACCACUGAUCUUUUUGUACACUGAAAAUGUGAAACAAAUACUAAAGGGAUCACUAUAGCAUGUUGUGGUGCUGCGGCGUAAUAUAGUGUAAUUGUAUUAAAAAUAAAGCUAUGUUGAAAAUAUU